AUGGAUUUUUGUUUUUGUUUUUGUCUUUUUUCUUUAUCAUUUGCAGAAUUUUACUGCCUCCUUGGGUGCGUUUAUACACUCUUGGAAAUGUAUAUAAACUUCUGCAGAAGUGGAUAUAUACUAGCAGUGAGCUUAUCAAGCAUCACUAGCACAAUACAAGAAUGUGGCCUUGCUCCUCUUUACUACAAGACUGAUACUUCUCACUCCUCUCUCCCUCUCUCCAGCAACAGAUAUUUCAAUCCAUAG